UUAGCACUGGGUGCGGGGAAUCGGCGGCCGGGAGGGAGUCGUCGGCGCCACGGCCGCUGCGGACGGACGACCGCCUGGCGGCUGAGAACCUCCUGAGAUUCUGCUUUGGCACCUCCAGCACUUGGCCUCUGCUCAGGAGAAAAACAACUAGCAAAACAGUGAUAACAAGGACUAUUCAGCAUGCAGUUUGCAGGGAGUAUGUCUAAUGAUAGAUGAAGAAAACUUGAGGGCAACCUGAAGAAGUGUGUUUUGUAAGGUUUACAUUGUCAAGGCUGAGAAUUUCAAAUACCGUCUGAAAUAAGUUUUUCAAAAUUCAGAUAACUUAAGAAUGCAUACUUGUUUAUUCUUGAAAUAUACGCAGAUCAUGAUGGGCUUGCUUUGUGAGAAUUGGAAAACUAGUAAAGAUAACAUAACCAAUAAAUACAAAGAAUGUCCAUGGCAACAUUGAAGAUGAAUUCCUUAUCUUUGCCAGAUAUUCUUAUAUGAGAAGAUCUAUUUCAACAACCUACAUAUUUUUUCUUCUGUUGGACCAGCAUGGCAGGAUUCAAGCGAGGAUAUGAUGGAAAGAUCGCUGGGUUAUAUGAUCUGGAUAAAACCUUGGGGCGAGGUCAUUUUGCAGUGGUUAAACUUGCCAGACAUGUCUUUACAGGUGAAAAAGUAGCAGUAAAAGUUAUUGACAAGACAAAAUUGGACACCCUAGCCACUGGUCAUCUCUUCCAAGAAGUGAGAUGCAUGAAACUAGUGCAGCAUCCCAACAUUGUUCGCCUUUAUGAAGUUAUUGACACCCAGACCAAACUAUAUCUUAUUCUAGAACUUGGGGAUGGAGGAGAUAUGUUUGAUUACAUAAUGAAACACGAGGAGGGGCUUAAUGAAGAAUUGGCCAAGAAGUACUUUGCUCAGAUAGUUCAUGCUAUAUCUUACUGCCAUAAACUCCAUGUGGUUCAUAGAGACUUAAAACCAGAGAAUGUGGUCUUCUUUGAAAAACAAGGUCUUGUAAAGUUGACAGACUUUGGUUUCAGCAACAAAUUUCAACCAGGGAAGAAACUCACAACAAGCUGUGGAUCUCUUGCAUAUUCUGCUCCAGAAAUUCUGCUUGGUGAUGAGUAUGAUGCACCUGCAGUAGAUAUUUGGAGUCUGGGAGUGAUUCUUUUCAUGUUGGUGUGUGGGCAGCCACCCUUUCAAGAGGCAAAUGACAGUGAAACAUUGACAAUGAUUAUGGAUUGUAAAUAUACAGUACCGUCCCAUGUGUCUAAAGAAUGUAAAGACCUGAUCACACGGAUGCUACAGAGAGAUCCCAAGAGAAGAGCUUCUUUAGAAGAGAUUGAAAACCAUCCUUGGCUUCAGGGAGUAGACCCUUCACCAGCCACAAAGUAUAACAUCCCGCUUGUAUCAUACAAAAACCUCUCAGAAGAAGAGCACAACAGCAUCAUUCAGCGCAUGGUGCUUGGGGACAUAGCGGAUCGAGACGCCAUUGUAGAAGCCCUGGAAACCAACAGAUAUAAUCACAUCACAGCUACUUACUUCUUACUUGCUGAAAGGAUCCUGAGGGAAAAGCAAGAGAAAGAAAUACAGACCAGAUCUGCAAGUCCUAGCAAUAUUAAGGCCCAGUUUAGGCAGUCAUGGCCAACCAAAAUCGAUGUGCCCCAGGACCUUGAGGAUGACCUCACCGCCACUCCUUUGUCCCACACGACGGUCCCUCAGUCUCCUGCCCGGGCUGCCGACAAUGUCCUCAACGGCCACAGGAGUAAAGGCCUGUGUGACGCAGCGAAGAAAGAUGACCUCCCUGAGUUGGCUGGACCAGCACUGGCCACGGUGCCGCCUGCAGGCUUGAAAUCCGCGGCCAGUGGGCGGAAGUGUCUCUUUCGGGUGGAAGAAGAUGAAGAAGAAGAUGAAGAGGACAAGAAGCCCAUGUCCCUCUCAACACAGGUGGUUUUGCGCCGGAAGCCUUCGGUGACCAACCGGCUGACGUCGAGGAAGAGUGCGCCUGUGCUCAACCAGAUCUUUGAGGAGGGGGAGUCGGAUGACGAGUUUGACAUGGAUGAGAACCUGCCUCCCAAGCUGAGCAGGUUAAAGAUGAACAUCGCUUCUCCCGGGACAGUUCACAAGCGCUACCACCGGAGGAAAAGUCAGGGCCGAGGCUCCAGCUGCAGUAGCUCGGAGACCAGCGAUGACGACUCCGAGAGCCGACGGCGGCUUGACAAAGACAGCGGGUUCACCUACUCCUGGCACCGCCGGGACAGCAGUGAGGGGCCCCCCGGAAGUGAGGGCGACGGCGGCGGCCAGAGCAAGCCCAGCAACGGCAGUGGAGGGGCGGACAAGGCCAGCCCCGGCGAGAACAACGCGGGAGGGGGCAGCCCCGCCAGCGGCUCCGGCGGCAACCCCACCAACACGUCGGGCAGCAGCCGCCGCUGCGCCGGCCCCGGCAACUCCAUGCAGCUGGCCUCGCGCAGCGCGGGCGAGCUGGUCGAGAGCCUGAAACUCAUGAGCCUGUGUCUCGGCUCCCAGCUCCGCGGGGGCGCCAAGUACAUUCUUGACCCGCAGAACGGCCUGUCGUUCUCCAGCGUCAAAGUCCAGGAGAAGUCCACGUGGAAAAUGUGCAUCAGCUCCACAGGGAGCGCGGGCCAGGCCCCGGCCGUGGGCCGCAUCAAGUUUUUCUCUGACCACGUGGCAGGCGCCACCGCCGAGUUAGAACGAAUAAAGAGCAAGAACCUGAGAAAUAACGUGCUCCAGCUACCUCUGUGUGAAAAGACCAUCUCUGUGAACAUCCAGCGGAACCCCGAGGAGGGGCUGCUGUGCGCCUCCAGCCCGGCCAGCUGCUGCCACGUCAUCUGACGGCGCCACAGCCCGCCGCUCGGCGCGGGGCGGGCCGCUCCUUCACCGGCCCUUGCGGUUUCUCUCGCCAAGUGGGCGCUGGAAGCAAUUAUUUAUUAUUUUUGGUUUGCUCGCCUGCCGCGGUGACAGUGCAUGGUCCUUGUGCAUGCUGCUAGACACUACUUUUCUUUUCCAGCCGAAAGUCUGUUGUGUCAUUUUUACAUUUAUAAUUUUCAUGUGGAUGAUCAAGAUUAAAUUAAAAUGUAUAUUUGGAACCUAAUAUAAAUGGAGCACUUAGAAAUUUGAUGUUCUGCACUUAACCUAGAGAAAGGAAAAAAAUGCUUUUGUUUCCUUGUGAAAAAUCUAAAUUCCUGUCCUGACCUUCUGUGAUACGGAAACUCCGUGCUCUGAGGCACACUCCGCGGUCACACUCUGAGACAGAACCAAAGCAAUAAUGUCGUGACGCCAACAGGCCUGGGCCGCGCGGGCACGCCCGGCCUCGUAAGGCCUGUGCAGAGCAGAGGACAGCGAGCGUCUGCACUGAGAACCUUAAAACCGUGAUUUCAGCAUACCCACACCUGUUUGUCUUAAGCUACAGUGUGAAAAAAAAAGUUUGGGCUCUUAAAAUUGAACAGAAAAAGAUUUUCUUGUUUUGUAAUAGGUGAGAUAAAGUACUUAGAUUUAUAAGGCAGCUUCCCCCGUAGUGAUAAAUUACAACUAGACAAUCUUAUUUUGUAAUGUGAUAAAGUGAACUGAUGGUCUUAACUCUACUUAUAGAGUGUAUGUCUGUCUAACAGAACAAAAAGAUGCUCAGUGUAAAUUCCUUCCUGUAGGGCGCAUGCCCGGGUUUCCUUUAAAACUGCGCAGAGAGAAGAAACUGGCAGACCCAGCACAGGAACAUAGGCGCACACAGAGGUUGGCAAAGUCAGAGCCCAGUAAGUUCAGAAAACUUACUGGGAUCUGAUUUUUAGGACUUGUCUCUUGUUAGUUCCAUUACUUUACAUCCUCUAGUUAAGCUAGCUGUGAAAAAUGGCUGAUCGAAAUCACGUAAAGGGAUAAAAUUCACAUAUACAAACAAAAAUACACAAAAUCUGCUUGGUUGGCUUUUUUUAAAAAUUUUUAUUUUUUUUGCUAAGUGUUUUUCACUUUGCCUUCCUGCCAAAACAAUAAUCAAAGAACUCUUGCUUUAAACUAUUCCUAUACGAAGACUACUUUUGACCAGAUAGUCGUCUUUUGUGGCAUUUUAUGAACACAGUAUAUUGCUCAUUUUGGAAGGGGCCAGAGACUACGGUUUCAUGCUGUGCCCUGGGGGAGUCUUAAAAGAAACGCUUAGCAACGUUGGUGAUAAGAUGGGGCUGGGCCCCGGAGCUCACCCACACUCAUCAGCCUCCCUUCACGUCUCUGCAGUGACCGGCACCCGGUCCGUGGAGUGGCAGGCGCCAAGGACCGCAUUCCAUGGUCUCGCUUUCUCCAAGGACACGCCGGCUGCACCCGUAGGAGACCACGUGUUUUCCUCAGAACUCUGCAUUCACAGUAAACCUACUGAACUAAGUGAAGAUGAUGCUAAAAUACCUAUUUUACUUUCUAGACCUAGGCUAGACAUGUUUUAAGCUACGGCUCUAGUUCAUUGUGAUAUUUAUAAUUGAAAGCUACGAGAAUAGACGUGUGGGUGAAGCCAUAGAACAUAUUUGCUUGAAAUUCUUGAGCAGGGAUCUUAUAAAAGGGCCAGAAAUAAGAUGUGUGGUUCACAUAGAUAGUGAGCGUAACAUCUGUAUUAAACGUAGGAGAGAAGUUUAUAAAGGGCAUUGGCAAUAAACUCUUUGUUGCAGCUGUUUUCCAAGUAAUGUAAAUACUUUUUCCUGUGAUUAUGUAAAGCCUUGGAAUGGCACCUUUUAACUAACCCAUGUGUGUUUGAUUUUUGAUUCAGAUUCAGUUUUUUAUAUUCAGAUGUAUAUAUGGUGCUCACUUUAGGAUCAGCAGUGUUGACCAUUAUGCUGCAUAGCUGUAUUAUAGCCUUAUUAGUUGUGUGUGGUUGGUUGACCCUCUGGGUAUACAAUGUUAGUCUGAGUGGCGUCUUACUCAUUUGUUCAUUAAGUGAAUGAUUGUGCAUGUGUUGUAUGUCAUAGUAUGUCCACACAUAAAAGGGAGGGAGCGAAUAACCAUUACGUUAAUAUAAUAUUGGACCAAACUACUUACUUGCUCUAAACAGUUUCUUGUACCCCUUAACCUGUCUUCAGAAGUUGCAUAUAGUUACAGUAGUGUGUAAAUUAAAUAUUGUGGGAAGAACAAUUAGUCUUGUAUUUUUCUGUAUGUGUGUGUGUAUAUAUAUAUACAUAUACCUGUGUGUGUGUGUGUAUAUAUAUAUAUAUAAAUAUAAAUAUAAAUAUAAAAUUAUGUACUUCUGGCAGUUCUAUCUGUAUUUAAAGAUGCGACAAUCUUGACACCGAUGUUAAGAAUAACCGUGAGAACGAAUCAAAGCUAUCCCUACCAUUAAGAGUUAAUGUGUUAAGAGGGUACAGAAUUAUCAGCUGAGUUGGUUGGUUGCUUCCACUGCUGGUUGAUUUCCUCAUUGUGUAAACAUUGACAGGUAUGUGACAAAUGGGAAAAAGAAUCCAAAUAAUAAAGAGUAUAUUGGUGUUCAGCAAUAUAAA